GAUAAUGAUGACGACAACGACGAUGAUGGAUAGUAACGGCUGCCGUCAGGUUCCCUGCGCGCGCCUUUAGAACACUGGCGGCUCUGCCGAGGGGGCGGUUAGCUGCUUCUCCGCCACAAACAUUUCGCCCGUCACUUAGCCGGCCUGUCCCGUCCGGUUCCCUCUCGAAGACCGCUCCUUGCGUUCGCGGGAACGGCCGGCGCUGCUCUUGCUCCCGGGUUGAGAGCGCAGAGUGCUGCAUGGCAUCUCCAAGUGUUUUAACAAAUGGAAACUAAGAGAUUGAUUGGUAAACACCUUCAGCCAGCAAGAUCUCUGUGCCUCUCUUCUCGUGCAUCCUUAGCCACAGUAUCAACAGACUCUGGUAGCUUUCAGGCUGACUUUCCAUGCAGUGCUUCUGUCUUUUUACAUAAUGAAAUUAGUUCAAUAUGUAAAUCUAAUGGAAUGCUGGUUUUAAAUGACAAUUUGAUUCCUAGUCUGUCAGUGCAACAUAAAAAUGAAGUCACAAAAGAAAGAAUAACAUAUAGCAGAGAUUUCCUUCUGAAACUUUCAGGGGUUUCACUUGCCCAAAAGAAGCCAGAAUUUCUUCCUGAUCAUCCUAUUGUACUGGAAAAGCCAAAAAAUUAUUGUUUAUUACCUGCUACAAGCAAUGAUAGAUCUUUCUGAAGAUAAAGAAUGCGUCUCUUUUCACCACUUAAAAAAAUUAAGGAAAAGUGAUCUGUAAUAUCAAUAGACUGAAUUCAAAUGUAUCUUUUACAGUUGGUGUAAUCAUCAGUAAAGC